AUGGACCCUAUGGACUGUUUUGUAAUUCCUAGCAGCAUUAACCGGUGCAGUUUCAACCGACAAAUAUCAAUAGAGCCUACUAUAUUUGCAUUUGAUGAUUUAAGUCCCACGGAGGGGAUUAGGACCCAUGACGACUUUUUAUUUGACAGCUACAACGGCAUGGACGAUUUGGCGUCGCCGCUUACAUCGAGCGAGUCGAGUGUUCAAUGCACGAAGGACAUAUUUGGGUUGGUUGGAGACGAAUAUUCGUUUGACAUGAUUGACACGAUAGAUACAUAUUCAGAGUUCAAUGGAGCGUCAAUAGUUGACGAAUUGGGCUUGAUAAACGAUAUUUCAGACGGAACAAUUCAUCACGAAAAAACAGAGGCGGCAUGGAACGUUGUAAUAAGAUUUAGAGGCAUGAAACACAAAUACCAGCAAAUAAUUCUCGAAGGAGAGACCGUAGUGGACAUAAAACGCAAAAGAGGAACGGGCGACAAGGGAGGUUCGCAUGGGAGAUCAUCCAAGGGUCUCAAGAAGAUCAAAAACAAGUCGAAAUACACCAAACAGAGCGAAAGGUUCAGCAGCGAUAUAGACAGAUCGAUAGAAGAGUUCAGUUCCACCAGGUCAAAUUUGGAACUAGACACCAGGAUCCAUCUGGAACCCAAUUUUUUCGGCCUUUUACCUCUUCACACAAUGAAAUGCGACCCCAAAUAUCGUAUGGUGGGUGCAAAACCCCAGGCCACUCCCGAAGACUACGUCAACAAGAUGAACAAGAUUUCCAAGAUCGACAAUGAUAAGUACUUUUCCCGCAUAAAUAUCCACGAAUUAUCACAUAUCCUCGAACUCGACCACUACAACAUCUCGCUAACCCGCGAAAUCGAGCUCAAGGUGUUGAAAGUUUUCCAGCUCUACUGCAAGUUCGAGCUCGGUCACAAAACGUGGAUUCGCGACACCAACAAGCCCCAGCGCAAGGACCUCAUUGCAAAACUUCGCAACUACAUUUCCACCUGGUAUCCUGAGUUGAGUAAGUUCAAGCUCGAGGUCAUCAUCAGACGGGGCAGCUACAGCAUAAUGCAGCGCAGAUUAAGACGAGAACGCCGGAAACGAUGCUCUGUUGCAUCCAAAAGCCCUUCAAUCACAUAA